AUGCAGGCCAUGGACCCUGCUGCGGCGGAUUUUUACGAGGAGGACGGCAAAGACUUAGACUUCUACGACUUCGAGCCGCUCCCCACUCUGCCGGAGGACGAGGAGAACGUGUCCCUGGCCGACAUCCUCUCCCUGCGGGACAGCGGUCUCAGCGAGCGGGAGGCCUGGGCCGUGUGCCUGGAGUGCAGCCUGUCCAUGAGGAGCGUCGCGCACUCGGCCAUCUUCCAGACCCUGUGCAUUACACCCGACACCCUGGCCUUCAACACCAGCGGGAACGUGUGCUUCAUGGAGCAGCUCAGCGACGACCCCGAGGGAGCCUUUGUCCCCCCGGAGUUCGAUGUGACUGGGAACACCUUUGAGGCCCACAUCUACUCUCUGGGGGCCACACUGAAGGCAGCCCUCGACUAUGUGACGGAGCCCGAGCCCCAGCCCAGGCUGAGCCGGGAGCUGGAAGCGCUGCUGGGCCAGAUGCAGGCCGAGGACCCCCAGGACCGGCCCGACCUGCAGAGCAUCAUCGCACUGUGCGAGGGGAAGAUGCAGCUCACGUCCUCCUGCCGCCUGUGCCAGAGCCUCUCGGCUGCCGGGAGGAGGGUGCUCUCCAUCGAGUCCUUCGGGGCGUUUCAAGAUGUCAGUGAGAUCACCUGGAGGGAGAGACUGGCUCCAAAAAAUGUGGGGCCCAAGAGGCAGCCAGGGGACCGCUCCGCGGACCCAGCGGCCCUGCCUGCCCUGGAGGGCCGGCCCCCGAGCCCCGCCGGAGAAAGCCUGGAGCACCCGGGGACCCCGCCCUCCAAGGCUCUGCUGUCAGCCCCUGUGAAAAACGGAGAAAGCCCGGGCCAGGAGGGGCUGGUCCCCGAAAGGCUGGCCUGCCUCCUCCUGGAUGCCCAGCAGCCCCUGGGGGACCCGGACAGAGGCUCCCUGGAGAGGAGCCGCCUGAGGGAGGUGCAGACGCUGCCCUGGCUCCCACCCUGCAGCCCCGAGGCCGGUGCCCUCUGCCUGUCGCUGACCAGCACGAAAACCCAGCCACCGGCACCAGAAUUCUUCCCUCCAGACCCCAGGAAGCCCUUUCCGGAGGGGAAAAAUGGCCUUACCAGCUCCCAGGCACAGCCCGAAUCCAGUCUGUGGCUGGAGCGAGACGUCGAGCUCCGGCGCAGUGGGGACAGGGGGGCGCGUGGCCCUGGCCCCGCGGAGGGAAGCCCCCUGCCCGGUUCCAAGGGCCCUCGCGAUGCCGGCAGAGACCCAGGGACUCCCGAGCCUGAUGACGGGACUGCGGACAGAGCCGGGGAGCCGGGCGGAGCAGCCCUGGAGCAGGGCGUCUCCCUGCAGGACCUCCUGUCUAAGCUGCGCCGGCCCUUCAAGGAGUACGAGCUCUGGGCUCUGUCCCACGCAUGCCUCAGCACCCUGCGGACGCACGGCCAGCACCCAGCCUACCUGUGUCUGGACUCCGUGCUGGUGGCCGAGGAUGGAACUGUGCUUUUUGGGCCACCUCCCGCCAGCGGUGCUUACAACUCGUUCUUUCUGGCUCCUGAGGUCGCAGAGCAAAAGCUGACGACUGAAAAGGCGUCUGUGUACUGCGUGGCUGCGAUCCUGUGGACAGCAGCCAAGUUCAGCAUCCCCCGAGACCACAAGCUGGCCCUGCCACGCAGGCUCAAGACCCUCCUCCUGCACAUGGCCAGACGCAGCGCCCAGGAGCGGCCAUCCGCAGCCGAGGCCAUAGAGACCUGCAGCGGUUACCUCCUGCACAGAGGCAUGGACAGCAGAAAGAUCCUAGCCCACCUGAGGGCAUUGACCUGCAUGGCUUGCCAGGAGGAAGAGACCAUCGGUCUGCAAAACCCCUUCUCGGUGGCUGAACUGAGCCCCAGCACAGCAGCUGCGCCCAGGCCCGGCUCAGGCUUCAUGCAGAUCAGCAGUGACAGCAGGCUGGUGGCCGUGCCGAGGCCGGUGCCCGGUCAACCCUCCUGCCUCCAAGGGGCCACGUUGCUGCCAGAGGCGUUCACCUCCCCGGCCACUCACUUCAGGCCCAUCGUCCUCGCUGCCAAUGCUGGUGUCGCCAGGGACACGCUCGCCCUGACCUUGGGGCCGGCUGAGAGGCCUGAGGAGAGGAGAGGCCGGCUGGACGGGGAGGGUGAUGGGAAGCAGGCUCCUGAGGCCCAUGGAGCGGCCACCGGCCUGAAGACGCCUGACCAGCCAGCACCCGGUUCCCCAGAGCCCCUCAGAGAGUCAGCGCCAAGAGACUCAACCCAGGGCUGCCCCAGCCCCCCAGCCCCUGCCCCAGCCAGCCCGCUGGAAGGGGCUUCACUGGUGAUGCCCAAAUCUCUGGCCCCGACACCGCCCGUGACAAUACAGAUGCCACCCCCGGAGCGAGGGCCGAAGGAACCCAUCCCAACUGCAGCUGCUUGUGGAGACCUCGAGCCCCGCCUCCCCGGGCCCACCGCAGCCCCCCACAGUCCUUGCCACCCAGCCAAGCCGCCCAGGGGCAGGGCCACCCAGGUCCCAGGCCAGGAUCCCGACGGCCCCGGGGAAGCCCCCGUCAGGGAGUGGGAUGACCGGGCCCCAGAAGGUCACCCGGAGUGGCCCUGCCCAGCAGACCACAAGCUCUGUCCAUCCAGCGUGGAUGCCUCGCCGCUCUCACAGGGGACAGCCUGCCCAUCGCUGCAGGAGACCACACGCCUCAUCCAGGAAGAGUUUGCCUUUGACGGCUACCUGGACCACGGGCUGGAGGCUCUGAUCAUGGGAGAGUAUAUUUACGCCUUGAAAGGCCUCACCUAUGCCACUUUCUGUGGGGCCAUAUCCGAGAAGUUCUGUGACCUCUACUGGGGGGAGAGAUUGCUGCAGAGUCUUUUCAGAGUGGUGAACGGGAGGACGUCGCCCUCCGAGAACACUUCCGAGGAGGCUGGGCCACAGCCCGAGGGCAGCGGUGGGACCAGCGCUCCGAGCACGCGCUCACUGUCCAGCAAAAGGCCUUCACAUCUCGGAGCGGGGAAGAAGCAGAGCGUGGACUCAGACGAGCUCUCGCGGAGCAACUUUGAGGUGGGGUUUCGGCCUCAGAAGUCGGUAGCAGCUGGGAGGGAGCAGCCCCAGGCAGGAGAGGCCCGGCAGCAGGGCGGGGGCCUGGCUGGGGGCUCUGAGGCAGCGGUGCGGCUAGCCCGGCCCCCGGAGGGCGGCCCGUCCGUGAGCCCAGGCCCAGGCGGCUUGCAGAGCUGCAGCCCCGGCUGGUGCAGCGCCUUCUACGAGGCCGACUGCUUCAGCGCCGACGUGCACUGCUAUGUGAAGGAGCUGGCGAGGCAGAAGGCCGCCGGGUGCCCCGCCGCCGAUGCCCAGAGCCCGGAGCUGGAGCAGCAGCUCAUGAUAGAGAAGAGAAACUUCCGGAAAACCCUCAAGUUCUACCAGAAGCUCUUACAGAAGGAGAAGCGGAACAAAGGCUCCGAGGUGAAGACCAUGUUGUCCAAACUGAAAGGGCAGCUGGAAGAGACGAGGUCCAAGGUGCAGCUCCUCGGGCUGGUCAAGAAGUACCUACAGGUCAUGUACGCGGAGCGGUGGGGCCUGGAUCCCUGCGCCCUGCCUGUGAUCGUGAGCAUCGCGGCCGCCCCCUGCGACACGCUGGACUUCAGCCCCCUGGACGAGUCUUCCUCCCUCACCUUCUACAGCGCCAGCAAGCGCCCGCGUGGCGGCCGGCAGAGGAAGGCCCGCAUCCUGCAGGCUGGCACGCCGCUGGGGCUCAUGGCCUACCUCUAUUCCAGCGACGCCUUCCUGGACGGCUACGUGCAGCAGUUCCUGUACACCUUCCGGUACUUCUGCAGCCCCCACGACUUCCUGCACUUCCUGCUGGACCGCAUCAGCAGCACCUUGUCCAGGGCCCACCAGGAUCCCACCUCCACCUCCUCCAAGAUCUACAGGCGCAGCUUCUGCCUCCUGCAGGCCUGGCUGGAGGACUGCUACGCCGUGGACUUCAGGAGGGACGCCGGGCUCCUGGGGAGGCUCCAGGACUACCUUGCCUCCCAGAUCCUGCCCCUGGACAGCUCCGCAGAGCCCCUGUUGGCCCUCCUGGAGGUGGGCACCGAGCGGCGGGCUGAGGGCGCCCCACGCAGCACAGACCUGCAGGACCCCAAGGAAGCGGAGGACGCCGCCAGGCCCCUCAGCGCCCUGUGGAAGAGCCUCUCGGAGGACGGCGUCUCCCGGAAGAGCUUCCCCUGGCGGCUGUCCCGGGGCAACGGGCUGGCGCUGCCCCACCACAAGGAGCGCCAGUACAGCAUCGCAUCCGCCCUGCCCAAGCCCUGCUUCUUCGAGGACUUCUACGGCCCCUACACCAGGGCCAGCGAGAAGGGGCCCUACUUCCUGACCGAGUACAGCACCCACCAGCUCUUCAGCCAGCUGACGCUGCUGCAGCAGGAGUUGUUUCACAAGUGCCACCCAGUCCACUUCUUAAACUCUCGGGCCCUGGGCGUCACGGACAAAAGUGUGGCCGUCCCCAAAGCCAGCUCCUCUGGGUCUCUGUCGGCCAAAACCUGCAGCUUAUUUCUGCCCAACUACGUCCAAGACAAGUACCUGUUACAGCUUUUAAGAAGCGCAGACGACGUCAGCACCUGGGUGGCCGCCGAAAUCGUGACCAGCCACACCUCCAAGCUGCAGGUGAACCUGCUCUCCAAAUUUCUGCUGAUUGCGAAGUCUAGCUACGAGCAGAGGAACUUCGCAACAGCCAUGCAGAUCCUAGGCGGCCUGGAGCACCCGGCCGUGCAACAGUCCCCUGCCUGGAGAAUUCUACCCGCAAAGAUAGCAGAGGUCAUGGAGGAGCUGAAAGCCGUGGAGGUCUUCCUGAAGAGCGACAGCCUGUGUCUGAUGGAAGGACGGCGCUUCAGGACCCAGCCCACACUACCCUCAGCCCACCUCCUGGCCAUGCACAUCCAGCAGCUGGAGACAGGGGGCUUCACCAUGACCAACGGGGCUCACAGGUGGAGCAAGCUCAGAAACAUCGCCAAGGUGGCGAGCCAGGUCCACGCGUUCCAGGAGAACCCCUACACGUUCGCCCCCGACCCCAAGCUGCAGUCCCACCUCAAGCAGAGAAUCGCCAGAUUCAGCGGGGCCGACAUCUCCAUUCUGGCCGAGGACAGCAGGGCUGGCUCCCACCAGAUGGCCAGCGAAAAGCACUCCAGAAAGAUUCAGGACAAGCUGCGGAGAAUGAAAGCCACGUUCCAGUAGC